AUGCAUCCGUGGUCGGCAAUUCAGAGUACGAUCAAGCACACAAACGCUAAGCUGGCGGCCCGUCGUCAACGUACAAUACCAGAAGGGGACUUGUUUCGGUUUCUUGGAGUCCGACUCGCUAUGGCAGUAGAACCUAGACGAGCUGCCCUACGAACCUACUGGGAAAAAGACAUUCCUGAGGGUUUUGUUGGAGCCUCUCCCAAUUUUGGGGAACGUUUUGGUGUAUCACGUCACACAUUUGAACACAUUUCGGGUGCAUUGUCGUUUGCAGAUGACGUGAUGUCGGAUGACCCAUGGAAGCCAAUGCGUGCUCAAGCUAACAGCUUUAAUGAUCGCCGACGUGGAGUAGUUUCGCCAGGUGAGAUCAUGUGCAUUGACGAAUGUAUGAGGGCAUGGCAAGGUAGAGAAGCAAAGCACUGUCAUGAUGGUAUCCUCCAUAAGACGAAGAUACCGAGAAAGCCGGAGGGUAUUGGUGCUGGGUUGAAGGCUAUAGCUGACGGUGACUCAGGAGCUCUAUUGGGUCUAGAACUCGUUGAAGGAGGAACGGCUAUCUGCCUUCUCUUCUGUCAAAACGUUAGUCCAGCUUGA